UUGUGGGUAUUGUAAAAUGUUUUUUGUAACUGCAUUGUUCCACCUUGACCACCAGGUAGUGCACGAACUCUAAAUGUGAGUAUUUAAGGCGCGAGAGGCCGCCUGGUGGGAGACUUUUUGAAGGUCUUGCACACUUGCAGUUCCUUUGAGCUCAUUGUAGUUUCUUAUCUCAUCUGGGCAGGAUCCUGGUGGAAGGAGUUCGGGCUUAGUUGCCUGCGCAAAUUUCUCACUGGGCUCGAAAGCUCUGUGAAAUCCUUGAGUUGUGGUGGGCAAUACGUUGAAAACAGCCCAGGGAAUAAAUAUGGGAGACAGAAGCAUAAACGCAAAGGAGAACGGUCCAAAUGAGCGAGCCGAGCCGUGCACCGUCCUGAACGGCGAAAGCGGUCCCGCUCCCACGACUCGCGUGUACUUCAAGCGCUGGGCGAUCGUGUUCCUUUUCAGCGCGUACUCGCUGAGCAACGCGUACCAGUGGAUCCAGUACGGCAUCAUCAGCAACAUCAUCGUCCGGUUCUACCAGGUGGACGCGUUCGCCGUGGACUGGCUGUCCAUGAUCUACAUGCUCACCUACAUCCCCUUCAUUUUCCCCGUCACCUGGCUCCUGGACCAGAAGGGUUUGCGCGUCACGGCGCUGCUGGCCAACGCGCUCAACUGCGUGGGGACGUGGACCAAAGUGGCCAGCGUCGGGCCGGGCCUCUUCUGGGUCACCAUGCUGGGCCAGUUCGCGAGCUCCCUGGCUCAGGUGUUCAUCCUCGGGAUGCCCUCUCGUUUGGCCUCGGUGUGGUUCGGGGCGGAUCAGGUCUCCACCGCCUGCUCCAUUGGAGUCUUCGGGAAUCAGAUGGGGAUUGCGAUUGGGUUUCUGGUCCCCCCAAUCCUCGUUCCCAAUGUUGACGAUGUGGAGGAGCUGGCCCACCACAUUAAGAUCAUGUUCUACAUCAGCGCCGGUGUGGCCACCAUCAUUUUCAUCCUUGUCAUCAUCGUGUUCCAAGAGAAACCAGAGCUCCCUCCCACGCAGGCACAGGCUCAGGCCAGGUGCAUCCUUCCAGAAAGCUACUCCUAUCUGGCUUCCAUCUGGAGGCUUCUGCGCAACAAGCCUUUCAUGCUGCUGGUGGUCAGCUAUGGAUUGAAUGUUGGCUGCUUUUAUUCUGUGUCAACACUUCUGAACCGAAUGAUCAUUGAACACUAUCCUGGCGAGGAGGUGAAUGCAGGACGGAUUGGGUUGACCAUUGUCAUUGCAGGCAUGGUGGGAUCACUCAUCUGUGGAAUUUGGCUGGACAAGACAAAAACCUACAAACAGACCACACUGGCCGUAUAUGUGCUGUCCCUGAUUGGGAUGCUGGUGUACGCCUCCACACUCAACCUCGGCCACCUGUGGGUGGUGUUUAUCACAGCUGGAGUUUUAGGGUUCUUCAUGACAGGAUAUCUUCCUUUGGGCUUUGAAUUUGCUGUAGAGCUCACCUAUCCAGAAUCAGAGGGAACUUCAUCUGGUCUCCUCAACUGUUCAGCACAGAUCUUUGGAAUCAUCUUCACCAUCGCCCAGGGAACGAUAAUUGACCGAUGGGGCACUUUGGCAGGAAACAUUUUCCUGUGUAUAUUCCUUUUAAUAGGAGCUAUCAUGACAGGAUUCAUUAAGUCUGACCUCCGGAGGCAAAAGGCGAAUUUACAGGGUGGUGGGCAAUCAGUGAGUGUAAGUAUAGCGCCGAUGGCAUCUUCACAUCCCAAUGGAGGCGAUGUGUCGAAGGCCGUCUUUGUAUUUUGUGCUGCUGGUUCAUUUUGGGCUUCUGACCUUCCACGGCGUUGUACUGCUGCAGGCAUGAAUGAAUGCAAGCUGGAGGCAGCGCUCUCACAGCAUGCUUAAAACAAACCUCUCCACUUGACUGACUAAUCUGCUCCUUGUUCUCAAAGCUCACUUAACAAACAAAUAUAGGUUCAAAAUUUGCAAGAAUGCCCUAUUUAUAGUCUCUCAGCAUGGCCUCAAACCGACGGCCUCAGCACGAGAGGUCAUGCUAACAGGAAUGAAGUCUGCCCAUCUGCUACAUAAACUUUUGAAGCAAGAUUUUUUUGUUUGUGUUUCACUGAAAUAUGAAACACAACAAAUUGACUUGGGAAAAAAUAGAAGUAAUCAUAGGAUUCUUGAAUGUAAUACAGUGUUUCCCCCAUUCUCUAUUUGUGUAUUUUACUUAAGUGUUUUUUGUUUUUUCCCCAACUGUUUUUUGCUGGCGUGUUCUGUUUUUGUGCUCAGGCAAAAGCCCUGUAUUAUAUAAAAGGCAUGAUUAGAUGCCAUCAUGUGGCAUCUUGUCACCACAUGAUGCCAAACUUUUUAUCAGACAGACCAAAGCCCUGUCUAAUAGAAAAUUGAGAUUUUACAGCAUCUUAUGUCAUCUGUAGGCAAUUAAAUCACUUCCUGAGUUUUGUGACUUAUGGCAGUGCGCUGUACUUAUUGGGGAACUACUGUAUACCAGUAUAUGACUAAUUUAAAGGAUUUCAGUGAAACUGCAAACAAAACAAUUUCAAAUUAAACUUUGAAUUUCACAACAUAUUUAAAAAAAAUACAAUUUAAACUUGCACUGUUGUCAUAUUCAAAACCUCUAUCUUUCUUUAUAACCUCUCUAAAAUUAAAAUCUGACAAAAAAAAUUGAAAGUACCAGAAAUCCUGCACACACAGUUUUAUUUAACUGUCAUUUUCUUCUAGUUAAGUAGCGGAUUGAAUGCUCAAAACCAAACAUAAAUUGUAUUUCUGUACUGUUCUAGUGAACAGGCAGCACACUUUUAUUUGGGUGUGCAGGAGUUUCCGGGUCCUGAUCUUUGCCAGUGCAUGUGGUAUUGCAUGUAGUUUUUUUUUUUUUUUGGCCCC